UGAUCUGGCAGCGGGCAGAAGCAAGAAGCGGAGACCGAGCAGCAGACGCUUCGAGCGGAGUCACUCCGGAGGGAGAGUCGGUCCUGAAGGCGAAUAAAGCUGGUCCGGGGAGCGGGACGGGGUCCGCCUGGACGGUCAACAUGUUCCCCCUCUUUCUGCUCGUCCUCUUGGGGACAGCUGUGGCGGUAAACUGCGAGACUCAGAAGCUGACCUACCUCUACACGGCUCUGUCCAAACCGGUGGACCUGCCGGGCAUCCACGAGUUCACGGCCAUGGGUCGACUGAACCACAGGACGAUUGAGUACUUUGACAGCAGCAACCAGCAGAAGGUCCCCAAGCAGGACUGGAUGAAGGACAAGCUCCCGGCCGAAUACUGGGAUAAGGGGACCCAGUACAUGAAGGACAAGCAGCAGUGGUUCAAGGUCAACAUCGACAUCCUGAUGAAGAGAAUGAACCAGAGUGACGAUGACGUCCACGUCCUGCGGUGGUUACAAGGCUGCGAAGGCGAGCCGCAGGACGACGGCUCGCUGAAGUUCGUCCGCGGCGUUGACAUGUACAACUACGACGGGGACGACUUCCUGUCCUACGACAAUGAGCACCAGGUGUGGGUGGCCGCUGUCCCGGCGGCCGAGCCCUUCAAGAGCCAGAGGGACAACGUGCAGGUGAUAGAGUACACCAAGAACUACCUGGAGAAGGAGUGCAUGGACUGGCUGUCCAAGUUCGUCACGUACGGAGAGAAACAGCUGAGAGACGCCAAAAAACCUGAUGUGUUCGUCUACACCACCCCGUCCAAGAAGCCGGACAACUUGGUUCUGAGGUGCAUGGCCACCGGGUUCUAUCCCAAAGACAUCGUCCUGCAGAUCAAGAGGAACGGACGCGUCCUGGAACCGGCCGACGGCUUGGAGACCACCGGCGUCUGUCCCAACGAAGACGAGACCUUCCAGAGGAGGGACUGGGUGGAGAUUCUAAAGUCCGACCAGUCUGAUUACACCUGUCAAGUCUUCCAUGAAGCAUCGGGUUUCUACAUUGAGGAGUCUUGGGAUCGCACGAUUGAUCGGAAUGAAACGCCUGAUGAUUCCUCCACCGUGGUGCUUGUCGGGGCCGUGGGCUGGAUCGUGGUCCUGGUCGGGCUCAUCGCUGUUCUUCUGGGGGUUCUUCGCAAGAGAGGAAUUCUAACUCCACCAUGCGGAGGAAAAGAAGGAACCGACUCAGCUGCGAGUAUCCCUCUGGGAAGUGUGGGUCAGCCUCUCAAUGUGUCAGCUGGCGUACCGAAGACUGAGAUCCCCGACGGUACCGAUGGAGCCCCUGUGUCCGACCCUCUGUUAAGUGGUUCUGUGGGAGGUGAAUCAGACUCUGGUCGAGACUCUGACAGCGACUCAGAGAGGUCUGAGUGACGAGAUGCCGGCCUGCGGGGAACACGGACAGAACCGAAGAACCUCCAGAAGAAACCCUGACCCUGCAGCUCGUUUGUGUUUUGGAGCCAAAAUGAACCUGAAGACAUUUAAAAAGCUUAGAGUUCUGCUGUGGAACGAGUCCACUUACCAAAAAUAAAUCCUCCAGUGAUUCAGUCGCUCAGCCGAGCCUCGUUAGAAUCCAGAACAGCAGAACCACCUCUGGCCUUUCAGUGUUCCUCCACCUGUCAGUCAGAUCAGCCCCGUGUUCUCAGCUCUGCUGACUUUAUUAAAAUUACACAAUGAAACCUGAUCUGGACUCUCUAAACCCUGAUCUGGACUCUCUAAACCCUGAUCUGGACUCUCUAAACCCUGGUCUGGACUCUCCAAAACCUGAUCUGGACUCUGAAACCACCUGGUCUGGAGCUGUUUGAUGUGUUUUCCCGAUAGCAGAAGGUGUUUGUGUUUUUAUCAAGUUGCCAAAAUGUUUUUGCAGCUUGACUUUGGUCAGUUUUCUUUCUGCCAGCUGGUCUCUCGUUCAGCGUCUUCCUGACGGGAACGCGCAGCGUUUUCAUCUCUUUUCAACUGAACUGGAGCACUGUCCCCUGGAGAGCUAGCUAGCCGAGUCACCUGUUACCUUAGCCACUCAUGUUAGUCAGCUGUUACCUUAUUAGCUUAGCCGCUCUGUUACUCUUUGACUGCUUGAGUCUGAUAAAGGAUGAAUUUUCUCAUAUUUCUUGAAAUCACUUGUGAAGUUGAUCUGUUUUCUUUAACAUAACCACUUUUGAUGAAGCCUCUGGUUGAAUUGAGCAUCAUGCAUUUGUGGGAUGAGCAGUGUUUGAAUUUUUCUUUUUUAUAUACUUUUUUAUUUUUGUGCAUUUCACAGAAAAGAGUAUACAAAACAGAACAAGAAGGAAAUACAAAAACAACCAACAGUUCUACAUGAGGUCACAGGACAUAAACCAAGUGUUGUAAGUUAUGAAUUAAGAAGUUGUAUAAUAAAAAGAUUCCUCAUGAAGUCUCUCUGAUAUGGGCCAAAUAAAGAUACCACUUCUUCCA